AUGGGGCUGGAGACCGAGAAGGCGGAUGUCCAGCUCUUCAUGGACGAGGACUCCUACAGCCGCGACAGCGGCGUAGAUUACGCCGACCCCGAGAAGUUUGUGGAUCCGGGCAGCGACCGAGAUCCCCACCGGCUCAACUCGCAUCUCAAGGUGGGAUUCGAGGAUGUGAUUGCAGAGCCCGUGUCUACGCACUCUUUUGACAAAGUGUGGAUCUGCAGCCACGCUCUCUUUGAAAUCAGCAAAUACGUGAUCUACAAGUUCCUGACGGUGUUCCUGGCCAUCCCCUUGGCUUUCGCUGCGGGAAUUCUCUUUGCCAUCCUCAGCUGUCUGCACAUCUGGAUUAUAAUGCCUUUUGUAAAGAUCUGCCUAAUGGUCCUGCCUUCAGUGCAGACAAUAUGGAAGAGCGUGACAGAUGUUGUCAUUGCCCCAUUGUGUAGGAGCGUAGGACGCGGCUUCUCUUCUGUCAGCCUGCAACUGAGCCGUGACUGA